AGGAAUAUUAUUUCAUUCCUCGAGAGGCCAUGUCGCUCCUGCUUGGAGGCGCCAAGCUCAUCACAAUCGAUUUCUCCAGGCCCUCCAUCCAGGUUUCCGACAGCGCCAGGAGAAAUGCCCCUGCGGCAACGAUCUGCAGUGCUGAAUCCGCCUCCGCAAGGCGCUCCGGUUUGCCGAUGGCGAUGGCGAAGCUCGCCAUGGUUCCUCUCUCGGUGCUCGCAGUGAGCGCUUCUUGCCCGGAUUUAGCACAAGCUGGAAUCCUCUCUGGAUAUCGCGGCUGGGACUUCCAGCUCCCCCAAAUUUCGGUCCCAGAUUCGCUCAAAGAGAAUUCAGAGAAACAGAGAAAGAAGUACGAAGAAUUCGACUCAAACAUGAAGAAUUCCCCGCUGAUCAAGGAGCUGCUCAAGCGAUCGAAGGACAACGCUGCCAAGCGCAAGCAAGAGAUUGAAGACAAGUACUGCGAGCGCCAAGCCGAGUGGGGAGUGGGCGACUGCUCGCUCGAGUAUUCCACUCCAGAGGAGAAGGAAAAGUUCCUGGAGCUCAUGAAGAAGAGGCGGGCCGAGACCGAGAAACUGGGCGACGCGGUGGCGCAAGAAAACAAAGAGGAGGAAUCAACCCAACCAACAGCAGGCACUCCUCUCGCUCAAGAAAACCAAGAAGGAACAACGCAACCAACGACGAACGCGUCGGUCGCGCAACAAGAGAACGACGAGGGAACAAUGCAAACAACAAUGGACUAAGCGAGAAAGAUCUCAUGAAAUUCCAAGUCAAAACAAGCCCUAAACAGUCACAACUGUCAAGUUAGGGCUCUGGAUUGGGCUGCCACGUGGAAUUAAACCUAUCCCACAUGCCGGAGCGUGGAAUGAGGCCACUAAAA